UCCUUAAUUGCGCUCACCUCGAACCAUUUCCUUUUGCUGCUCAGCCGAGUUGGUACGAUUCCUCUCGACGAUGUCUUCGGAUACCUCUUGUAUACCCAACACACGCCAGGUGCUAUUUUCAAGCAACUAUAACCAGUGAGGUCCUUUCGCUUCGAGUGGAAUAUUAAAGUGUAACGGUCCCUCAGGUACAUUACAUUGUGUUUAUUUGGUGCAAAGUGGUUCAAAUUUGACUCAUCCUGGAUUAUAAACCUGUUGUUGAUACCGUGUACGGAAGCGGGCAUGAGCUAUCUAAAUCUGGACCGCAAUCUAACGCACUGGUUCAGACACCUCCGACUUAUCGCAUGCCACCCGUUCCUCCAUUUGCUGAAACUGCCAUACCUGGAUCGACUGUAGCAUUUUCUCCUUCCGCUCAACUCUACACGCAUUCCAACAAAUUUCCGAUUGAACGACAAAUAACACUAUCCAGUACCGAAAAAAACUUCAAAAUACCAAUUUUGAACGAUCUCAAGAAGAGAAGCAAAGGAGCGGUAAUAGCGCCAGACGCACCUCCGAAACGACUUACCGCCUGGACACGCCAAGAACCAAUGCAGCCCCAUUCGAUUUAUCCUGAUCAGACACAUGCAAUUCAACCGCAAACAAUUCAACAAACACCUGAUCCAAUAAUUUAUCGAGCGUCGUAUAUUCCGGAAGUAGAAUUGUAUGGAAAUCAUACUGCUGCGAGAGAAACUCAAAAGUCAAUUCAACAAACCAAUGAAUAUCAAUUGCCGGAGCAGCCACAUCAGCCUUUGUAUCAAACACCUCAAAAACGAGAUGGAACGGAACAAGAGGAAAAGUUAACUCCAAAAAACUCGAGAGGGGUAACAAAAACGUACCACACAUUAAAGGACAUUAUUUCCGGAAAAUUUCGCGGAAAGGACGUGGAUAAACAGGACAAUGCCGGUUUAAACAAUACUCCAGAAAUAAUGAAGAAACCCCUGGACAAUGUCGUGCUUGAAAUGGACCCAACUCGACUGGGUGCUGGACAAGCUUAUCCGACCGCAUCCGAGCCACAUCAAUAUAAUCAGCAUGUUGUUCAACAAAAUAUUGUACAGCCAUCGCAUCAGUACUACACUCAACAGCUGCGAAAUCAGCAGCAAUAUUCUCAUUUAAUUCAACCCAGAACGCAGGAUGCAUUCAAACAUAGGCCUGAUGAUCAAAUGCAAUAUCAAGCUUAUGGAAAUAAAGCUUUCCUUGGCUCUCCCGUUCAAGCAGGCCACCAGUUCCAAAAACCUGCGGAUGGUUUCCAAACUCCAGAGAACGAAGCGCAGAUAAAGGCAGAUUUUCAAAAUCAUGCUGCUGCAGCUGCAGCUUUCGAACGAAGAAGUGCCCAGCAGAUCGAAAGGGAUCAUUUAAAGCAAAUUAACUUGGAGACAAGGCGUACCCUUUCACAUCCCCAUUUACUAUUAGAUGGAGAAGGGCAUGAUGCAAAUAAUGGAAGUCAUCAAAAGCCAGUCAACGCUCGUCGCGGUUCUCUAGGCAACAUUUUAGACCCCAAUAUGAUGCUACCAAAUCAUCAUAACUCUUCAAGUCAGGACCAUGGAAAAGAAAGUGACGAUGGCGGUUUUCUGAAUCGAAAUGGACCAAAAGUUAAAUACGCCAAUCAACCAAUAGAGCAAAAAGGUUUCAAUGUUCAAGGCGCUGUUCACGAAAUCAAUAAAGGCAGAGUAAUUGAAUCGGCACAAGUCGAAUUAAAAAGGAGAGCGGAAAAUGAUGGGGGUGAAAAGGAACGCGGAUCUUCCAAUAUAGACUCUGGCAGAGGAAGUGCUGCUUAUAGCAGUGGAAGACGCCCUCCAUUAGACGAUGUUACGGAUACUGCCCGAACAUCACCAAGGGAUUAUGAAGAAGUUAACGAACAAGAAAAUGACUCGGAAUGGGUUGACAUAGUCGAAAAAGAGCUGAGACAUAUCCUGGAACCGAAACUUUUAGAGUUAUCGAUGCAAGGUAAUCAUGGAAUUACCCGAUCUGCUCUAAGUGGCAGCAUUUCGUCAAUUACUCCGCCUCUUCCACCCUUAUCGGGAGGUGAUAAUUUAUCACCCACAAUUACGCCAAAGCCAGGAGGAAAAUUUAAGGGGUUUCCACGAGAUAGAGGUUUUGACUGUAAAGGCAGGCUACAUUCCAGGGACAUUGAUGAGAGUACAAAGACCAAUAAAUAUUCCAAUAAAAUUGAUUACCAUACAGCGCUUAGAGGCAAACAAAUUUUUGGUUUAGACAGUACUGAUUUUACCUCAACCACAACAAGAUCGCUUGACCUAGAAUCAAUUUUGGAUGGUCAAAGUGAUUCCGAUGCUAAUUUGAGCGUAGCAGAUACCAAAGCCAUCAGGAAACAACUGGAAGGACUGGAAAACAUGUAUUCGGAAGUAUUGAAAUUCUUGGGAGUUAAUAAACGAGUUACUCCUGGUAGAUAUCAACCGUCAGAUCCCAGAAUUCACAAAAAAAGACAUGGAAGUAUGUCAUCGCUACCAUCAUCAUCCGUGAGUUCAGUAAGAAGAGAUCGCCGGUACGUACGCGGUGGUGUGCCAGAAGAUAGAAGAAGAGGCCGCGAACCACGUACAACCGCACGCCGAUUCCAAAGGCUAGAAGCUCAUGUAGUUACUCUAGCAAGAAGUGUGGCUCAUCUAUCAAGCGAGAUGAGAACACAACAUUUGGUAGUCCAAGAGAUUGAGUCAGUGCGACAAGAAGUUGCUGCUUUGCGAGCGCAAACAAACAUGCUCAAUAUCAGAUCUCAAUCUGCCCGACCCGUAACUAGUUUAGAGCUACCCUCAUUGGCAAAUCCAUCAAGAGUAAAAAAAUUGACGAAGUUUUUUGGAGAUGAACCACCUUUACUAAGACUAUUUUUGCGGAAAUUAGGGUAUGAGAAAUACGCGAAUGCUUUUGAAAAUGAAAAAAUUGGAAUGGUUGAGCUGCCCUAUUUAACAGAGGAACGGUUGCAAAAAAUGGGAGUCCCGCUUGGACCAAGACUCAGGAUAAUGCAAGAAGCCCAAAUAUCUGUAUAUAAAGACAACACAUUAUGUAUUGUAUAAAAUAUUUACAUUUUCAUGUUUCUGUGAACAAGCAAUAUAUAUUUUUAAAUGACAUGAAUCUCUCCUCAAGCAGCUUAAGAUUUAUAACUAGCUGGCACCAAAUAAAAAAAGUAAAUAUUUUUCUAGAUACCAUGGAGCUUUAUUUUUUAUUAAACCUAUUUCACAACAUACACUGAAAUAAUAACAACUUGACAAUUGUUGCUUAAUUUGCAAGUAUAAUAUACAGCUACGUUGUAUUGUAUUGAAGGAGAUUAAUACUCAUUUUAAUGCAAAUUUUAGUUACAAAGCGAAAUUCUAGUUAUUUUUUCAGUUAAUUGUGUAUUAACUUUUAGCAACUUUUUUCUGUGUAUUUGUAAAAUUUGCAGCCAAUCUGCUUUGCAAUUGGCAAAAUUGCAAUUCCGUUGAAUAAAACAAUGAUUUACGCAUAUUUCAACUGA